AUGUUGAAAUUUAAUGGCAGGCUACUCUUUACUUUGAGGCCUGGAAAGUUGCUCUUACGGAGGACAUAUUUCAAAUUUACUGUAAGUACGUCUAAGCCAAAAAAUGGAUGUUAUAAACUUGACUGUAUUGAGGUCUCCAAAAGUUCGUUAUGCCAGCUAAGGUUUUAUGCGAAAGGUCAUAGAAAGAAUCGGAUCCUGAACAGUGGAGCACCCAAAAAAAUUGAAUUCGAAAUACCGAACUACAUCUCCGUGAACAAACUGGCAAACCUGCUCAAUUGCAGGAUACAAACGCUACUAAAGGAUCUGAAAAGACUCGGGUUUGCCGAUAUAUCCAAUGAAUACAUUCUUUCGAGAGAAUAUGUCGAGCUAAUAUUGCAAGAAUACAACUACAACUUACCAGAAAUAAACACUGCCGUUACUUCGAAGACGUUAUAUGAUGAACUGAAGCAACCGUCAAAUCCGAAACUACUAAAGAAGCGACCUCCAGUUGUGACAAUAAUGGGGCAUGUAGAUCACGGGAAGACUACAAUUAUUGACUAUCUAAAAAAAUCGUCGAUUGUGUUGCAGGAGCAUGGAGGUAUUACACAACAUAUUGGUGCAUUUCAAGUGGUGACCCCGGUUUCGAAGAAGAAAAUUACAUUUCUGGAUACUCCUGGCCAUGCUGCUUUUUUGAAAAUGAGGGAGCGUGGUGCCAAUAUCACAGAUAUCAUCGUUUUGGUUGUGGCCUUGGAUGAUUCCAUCAUGCCCCAAACGCUUGAAGCCAUUAAGCACAUCAAGAAGUCCGGUAACGAACUAAUCGUGGCGAUCACCAAGAUUGAUAAAUUUCCAAGGUUGGAAGAAAGAAAUAAACGCAUAGAAAAAGUCACCAAUGACUUAAUGGCGCAGGGUAUCAUGGUGGAGAAGAUGGGAGGUGAUGUACAAGUGAUCCCAAUAAGUGCAAAAUCGGGUGAGAAUAUGGAGAAUUUGGAAGAAUCCAUCAUUUUACUGAGCGACAUAAUGGAUAUCAGAUCAGAGAUUUCCCCAAAGACGAUGUCUCUAGGUUGGAUAAUUGAAAGUAAGGUACAAAGUACCGUUGGGAAUGUUGCCACUGUACUGGUGAAAAAGGGAACAGUAAGGAAGGCUGAAAUUUUGUUAUCAGGUAAUACGUACUGUCGUGUUAAAACCAUUUUAGGCGAUACAAAAAAACCUGUUAAUGAAGCUUUGCCGUCUCAAGCAGUCGAGGUAUCAGGGUGGAAAAAUCUACCUUCUGUAGGUGAUGAGUUUUUGCAAGUGAAGAAUGAGUCGAUUGCGAAAAAGUACAUAGACAAACGGGGGGCAUUAGAAGAGGUUGAAAGAAACGCUAAGAAUGUGGAACAACUAAAUGAGAUGAAAACUCUAGAGAUAAAGAAGAAGGAGGAGCACGCUGAUGUUGAGGAGGCAGAGCCUGAAGCAGUUACGAACACUACGCCAAAAUCUGUUAAUUUUAUAAUUAAAUCGGAUGUUUCUGGUUCUGCGGAGGCCGUGAGGGAAAGCAUUGAGAAUUUGGGGAAUGGUGAAGUUCAAUGUAAAGUUAUCUCAUCAUCUGUGGGUAUUCCGACUGAAAGUGACUUAAAAAUGGCCCAAAUCACCAACAGUAUAAUCGUCUGUUUCAACCUUGCCAGUCUUCCAAAUGAUAUCAUUAACAAUAAGCAGCAUGUUGAGAUUCGAAGGUACGAUGUUAUCUACAAGUUAAUUGAAGAUGUCAUAACAGUUUUGGAAUCAAACAUGGAGCCGUAUUAUGAGAAGAAGAUUAUGGCAACUGUUGACUUGAAGGAAGUUUUCGAAUAUAAAAACAAAAAGAAAAUGAUCAAGAUUGCGGGUUGCAAGGUUGCCAAUGGGGAAAUUACCAGAAACUCCACUCUACAGGUACUGAGAAAACCGAAUAAUACUGUUGUUUUUGACGGAAAAGUGUCUACACUGAAGCACGGUAAGGACGAUAUUUCCGUAGCUAAAAAAGGGCAAGAAUGCGGUAUUACAUUUGCCAAUGGCUUUGAAGACUUCAAAAAGGGAGAUAAGAUCUCUGUAUAUGAGUCGGUAGAGAUACCAAGGCAUUUGUGA